CUCCUUUAAAAUUUCCUUAUCAAGCGGAUGAGAGACGCCCAAACUUCAAAGUUGAAAGUCCAAAUUCCAUGUCAUUAGCAUGGAAAAAAGUACGGUUUUGCAGAGUUCAAUAUUUGGAGGGCAUUUUCGUCCUCUCAGAAGCGACACAAGCUCGAAUGUUGAACGGUCUCUCGACGGCUCUCGUUCCUGAGAAUUGUCUGUUGUGGAAGGAAAUUGUGUAGGCUAUUAGGCUUUGGUACUUCGAUCGGUUAGUUCGGGGACACUAGCUUGUCAAUUAAGCAGAGGGAGAGAGAGAGAGAGAUGGCAAACCAGGGUGCGAAGAAGCGGAAGGAGGAGAACACUCGCCAUAUGGCCAUGUUGCUUCGCCUUAUAAUCGCCUGCAAUAUCAUAUAUGUGGUGGUCCGGUUGCUGAUCUUCCACUCCACUUUCACAUGGAAGCAUUGGGUUGGUCUUUUUGCAAUGUCUUUGGCUUAUGGAUUUCCUUACCAACAACUUGCGAAUAUGGCAAACCCUACUUAUGCUGCUGAUGGAGAGCUUUUGGAUGGUGGGUUUGACAUGAGUACAGGUGGAGUUUGUGGGUACUUACAUGACGUUAUCUAUAUCACAAGUUUUGUACAACUCAUGUCCAUCAUCUCUGACAAAUUUUGGUACACAUAUUUAGUGAUACCAGCUUUUGGAGCUUACAAAUUUUCUGGUCUAAUUAAAGGAUUUUUGCCUCAAGGUUCAGAGGGGAACGCGGAGGACGGGAAGACUCGUAAGAGGAGGGAAAAGAUGGAGAAAAGGGCUUCAAGGGCAAAAUUUGUGAAGACAAGAAAUAGAUAAAAUCUACAUUUGAAAUGCACAUAAGACGGGCCUUCAGUUCAAACUAAUUUUGUUGUAUUCUGAUCGUGGCUGCAGCGGCUGCCGCCAUCCGCAGGAGAUGGGCUUGGCUGCACUGUGUCCCGAUAAUUUGUAUAACAAUGCUGUCGCAGAAUAAGGCUAUACAUUUUAAACCAGUUUCAAUUUCAACAAAACCAAAGAAAGAGAUGCUUAAUCAGAUGCUUAUUUUUGAAA